AUGAUUGGAAUGGAGGAUGGCGUCCGGUGCGCGCUUACUUUUCAUCACAAGAAGAUCUCUGGGGGGGGAGGGGCGUAUCCACUUGAGUUAAUACGUUUUUGGGGAGGCAUAAAGAGUGGGUGUAAUAUGUUAGGAUCAACGUUUUGUUCGGAUAUCUGGAGGGAGAAGAGCGGCCAUCAAACUUUUAGUUGGGCGCACGGACAAUUUGAUUUCGUUUUAUUUGCCGGAGCCAAGGGGAAUCGGCGGGGACAUAGCUAACAAAACACGAAACAGAUAGAGCACAAAUGAUUUGGUUUAAAACAAACAACUCUUUGGAAUCAACUAAGACGCUUUCAGAAUGCUAUCGGCGGCCGGACGUCGAUUCUCGCGAUGCGCGCCCUCGCCACGGCCCAGGAACAGGAAUUACGCGCUGGCGAACAUUCCGCCGCCCGCCGCGGUACACAUUCGCACCAAUGACAUGAUCAGUCCCGAGGAGCGCAGGUUUGUUCCUUCUUUUUGAAUAGCAAAUAGAUCUAGGUCAUGAAAUUUCCGCGGAUUCACCUUUUACGCGUGAGAAGUGAAUGCUUCUCGAAAUUUCUUGACGAAAAACUGUUUUCUACGCUUCUCAACGCACCUUUUGCUCCUGUCCAACUCCCAGGAGACUGCUCAUCGAACUCCUUCCCCCCUACCACCACACUUUCAUUUCCCUAUGAAUUUCAGAUUUCUUGAGGCGGCGGAGCUUGGAAACAAACCAACGCUGCAGGAAUGCUUAGGCUAUGUAAGUUUAAGAAAACGUUUCUCACUUCAUGAUGACAAAACUGAUCCAGCACGAUGGAGAACGGCAGCUCAACGUGAACUGUUUGGAUUCGAUGGGACGGACGGCGUUGGAGAUUGCAGUGGACAACGAGAAUAUGGAAGUGGUCGAGCUGCUCCUACAACAGCCGAAUAUUAGAGUCGGGAAUGCGCUUCUCUGUGCUAUACGAGAAGGUGAGAUCAAACAUGUUUUAUUGUCAACCACUCCGAACUAUUGCAACUAUGAUUCAACUUAAUAGGAGAGUGGUUGUAUGAAAAUGUUAUAAGUAGAACUACCUUCAAUUUUGUUUCCAGGAGUGUACCGACUUGUCGAAGUGCUCGUGAACCAUCCGAAUAUCAAUCGCGAGAUGCUCGGCGACGGAUGGAGUCAAGCUCUCGAUCCCUCUGAGGCCGCAAGCGCCGAAUAUUCGAGUGACAUCUCGCCGGUCAUUCUGGCUGCUCAGCUCAACCAGUUCGAGAUUCUUCAAAUGCUCAUCAGAAAAGAUGCGAGCAUCGAGAAACCGCACAGGUCAUUCAUUGUGUUAUUUCUGUGUCUUCCAUAGCGCGGGGGGAGAUCACAAAGAUAGAUCACACUAUAGAUCAAAAAGACAUAGAUCAUAAAGAACUAUCAUACGUCUACACGACGCAACAGUAAUAAAAUCGUGAUCCGAGCUAACGUUUGAAAGCGAAUUGACCGCUUGUUGCAUUCUCAUAACCGCACUUCUCAUUUUGCGCUUUUUCGUAAAAGCAAUUCGUAAAAAUUCGUAAAAGCGUAUACAAUCGGUCUAUCGAGAGAAAAAUGAGAAAUUAUCGGUUUUUCGUGGCUAAUCUGGCAAAAAACACUAAUUUUGCUGUUAAAAUUUGAUUUUCGCGCCAAUGUAUCGCUCUAUUGGGCGGGGCGCCUUUGCGCCCAUUGUCAGCUCUGGAGACCGUGAAUAUUCUAAUUUGCAGACACUCCUGCGUCUGUGAGACUUGCGAUCGUGAGCGCCUCAACGAUUCGCUGCAAUACUCGCUGAAACGGAUCAAUACAUUCCGCGCGCUGGCGAGUCCCGCGUGGAUGUCCCUCACCAGUCCCGAUCCGAUUCUCUCCGCCUUCAAACUCUCUUGGGAUCUGCAGCGAUUGGCGUUCGAGGAGCACGAGUUCAAAGAGACCUACUUGCAAUUGUCCGAACAGUGCAAGCAGUACUCUUGCGAUCUGCUCAGCCAGUGUCGGAGCUCCGAAGAGGUCAUUGCCAUUCUGAACAAGGACGGCAACGCCAACGACGAUAAUAUCGAUGUGUGGGCUAGCAAGUUGUCGCUGUCACGGUUGAAAUUGGCGAUUAAGUACGAGCAGAAAGCGGUAAGAGGCCUGUAAUACCGGUUUUUUUUUUGGAAAAUAAGUUCAGUUUGUCUCCCAUCCACAUUGCCAACAACUCUUGACCUCCAUCUGGUACGAAGGCAUUCCGUACCGUCAAAGAAGCGGAACGUGGGCCAACUUUUUUCUCUACGCCUUCCUCCUUCUCUUCUGGCCCUUAUUCUGCCUAAUGUACAUCCUGGUAACUAAUUUAAACGUUAACUAAUAAAACAAUUUAUCGUACAGAUGCCGAAAAGCCGUCUAGGCCGUCUCGUCCGCUCGCCCUUCAUGAAGUUCUUCUACUAUUCAGUCUCCUUUGCCACAUUUUUGGGCCUACUCACUUGGGCCACUUUUGAAGAUUAUCGAUAUGAGAAAGGAGAGCGGGUACCUUUUUUUUUACCAUACAAUAUAUUCCAAUAUAUAUUUCGUUUUAAGGGUGGAAUGACGAGAGCGUCGGAUCGAGGUCCCCCGGCCACGUGGGUCGAAUCGCUCGUGUUCACAUGGGUCAUCGGAAUGCUGUGGUCGGAGAUCAAACAGUUGUGGGAGGAGGGUUUCAAGCGAUACAUGCGGCAGUGGUGGAACUGGCUCGACUUUCUCAUGAUUUGUCUCUAUCUAUGCACCAUUUCAAUCAGGUUUUGCCUUGUUUCUUGUUUUUUUUUUGAGGCCAAAGAGUCACCCUAUGGAUUUCAGACUUAGCGCAUAUUACGUGUUCACAUAUCGCGAGGAUCCAUAUCGAUAUACGGUCCGAACAUAUUGGCAGUCCGAGGAGCCGAUGCUCGUCGCCGAGGCACUUUUCGCCGUCGGCAACGUGUUCUCGUUCGCGCGAAUCAUCUACUUGUUCCAGACGAAUCCGUACUUGGGACCAUUGCAGGUUAGACAGGCCCAACCAAGGGUCCAAUCAAAAGAUCCCCGAUUUCAGAUCUCCCUCGGGUGUAUGCUUGUCGACGUGGCCAAGUUCUGCUUCAUCUUCGUGCUCAUCAUCAGCUCGUUCUCGAUCGGUCUCGCCCAACUCUACUGGUACUACGACCCGAACACGGACGUCUGUCUGCCCGGCUCCACGUGCAAACACAGCUCCAACGUGUUCUCCUCCAUCGCCGACUCCUAUCUGACUCUCCUCUGGUCUCUCUUCUCAAUCACAAAGCCUGAAGACACAGAUGUGAUCGAGAAUCAUCAGAUCACGCAGUGGGUCGGGCAGGGAAUGUUCAUCAUGUACCACUGCACGUCGAUCAUUGUCCUUCUCAACAUGCUCAUCGCCAUGAUGUCCCACUCGUUUCAAAUCAUCAACGAUCACGCGGAUCUCGAGUGGAAGUUCCAUCGCACGAAACUGUGGAUGGCGCAUUUCGACGAGGGCUCCAGUCUUCCGCCUCCUUUCAACAUUGUCGUCACCCCCAAGUCGCUCAUCUAUUUUCUCAACUCACUUUUCAAUACGGUCAGAUGGUUGUUGGGCAAGUAUACCUAUCAGAAGAACCGGAAUCGGGCUACCAUCAGGGUGAGUUUGCUGGUGACAUAGUGAAAAUCCAAUAAUUCCAUUUCAGCGCCCCGGCUACUCACGAAAACGAAACGAGUUGGAAAAAUCGGGACACGACGAAGAUUCGCUGAAACCGCUGACCUACGCGGAUAUAAUUCAACGUCUAGUGGCCCGAUUCAUACACCAAACCAAGAAGGACAUGAAGAUGGACGGAGUGAAUGAGGACGACUUGCACGAGAUCAAACAGGACAUUAGCAGUUUACGGUAAUUGAAUCGAAUUCACUGGCCUACCAAAAAAAACCGCUGUUUUCAGAUACGAACUGCGCGACGAUCGACGCCGCGAAAUCGUGCGUAGCUCUUCGCACAUUGACGCCGUGAAACGAGACAUUAUGCGAACGAUGAGCACGACUUCGAAGAGAGUCUACGGUGGGAGUAUGCGUCUGCCACGUACCCGUCCUUCCGUGGCCGAAGAAUCGGAAGAGGAGGAGAAGGACAGCGAGGAGAUGAGCUCGAGCGACGAGGAAGAUGCCGAUGAGACCAGGUUUUUCCUAAAGUACUUCUCUCUUCAUAACUAUUGCAAUUUUUUCGGCGUUUUAGUUUGAUCUAGUUUGCAUGUGCUCAACACUGCUUCUUUGUCCGUCAUUUUGUCCGAAAAACCAUUCAACACUCAUUCAGAUCUCGAAAAUCAUCAGUCCUCUACACGCCGCCCGUCAACUCGACCCUUCCGGGAAUAAUUUCCGAAGAAGCGGCUCCGGCGCAACGCAAGAAUCCGCGACGUCGGAUGAGCGAGGCCGACUCGAAAACGGUGCCGGACCGCCCGUCUUCCGACUCGCACGCCUACACGGCCACAUUCACGGUUUGUAAUGGUUUUGUAGACUGAAAUUGUUUUUAUCUUCAGCCAAAACUUCUGCCGGUCUACGCUCAGCCUCCGCACAGUGCAUUGCGAAAAACAGACACUUCGAUGAGUUUUCCGAUAAAUGGAACCGUCGUCGAGGCACUUGUCAAACCUCCGAGGGGUGUCUUGAGGUCAGAUUUCAUACAUUUCCAACAAAAUUAGCCUGAAACUCUGUAAAAGCAAGGGUAAAAUCCGAAUUUCCCAUCAAAUUUGAGUGUGGAGCGCACUUACCACACAACUCCUCAUUUUUAGAUCGUCUCAAGAGAACCUCGAGUCGGUGACGCUGAUGGAAACGCUGAAAAAAGAAAUGAACGAGAAAUUGGAUCGAAUAAUCAGCGGAAUGCUGGCCGAAUCGACGACGACGACGACGACGAAAAGCCCCGCCGCGCACAGUCAUGUCGGUUUCAACGUGGAGAAAUAA